AUGGCUCCCUCCUUUGUCAAAGAAGACAGACCUAUCAGCAGUGCUAUCGUCAAUAAAAAUGAGCCAAAGCCUGCCAUCAUAGUUGAACAGGUCCAGUUGCGCGACCGCACUGUGACUGGCCAACAGCUGCAUAUCAGACAAUACCCGAAGUUCGAUAGUCUGGAAGAAGAGCGACUCUACCGCAAACAGCACCUCGCUGCUGCAUUUCGGGUUUUCGCUGACCGUGGCUUUUAUGAGGGUGUGGCAGGCCACAUCUCUGUAAGGGAUCCAAUUUUGACUGAUCAUUUUUUUUCAGACCUCAUCCUCGUCAACGAAGACGGCAACGUUGUCAUCGGCACCGAACCCAUAAACAGCGCUGCCUUUGCCAUCCAUUCAGAAAUCUAUAAAGCCCGGCCCAACGUCAAUGCUGCCUGCCACGCCCACAGCGUCUACGGCAAGGCUUUCUCCACCUUCGGCCGCGAGCUAGACAUGAUGACCCAGGACGCGCUACACUUCUACAAAUCCCACGCCGUCUAUCAGGAUUUUCGUGGAGUCGUGCUGGACCGUGAAGAAGGGAUUAAUAUAGCCAUGUCGCUGGGGGAUGGAAAAGCGGCCAUCUUGCAAAAUCAUGGCCUGUUAACGGUGGGUGAGAAUGUGGAUGAGGCAGCGUUUUGGUUCAUUAGUUUGGAUAAGACGUGCCAUGCUCAGUUGUUAGCCGAUGCUGCGUCGGCGGGAUCAGGGUAUAAAAAGAUUAUGGUUAGUGAGGAGGAGGCGGAGGCUACUGCGAAGCUUGUUGGUGGACCAGAUAAGGGAUGGUUGGCGUUCCAAGGGUAUUAUGAUGAGCAGCUUGCUAAGACGAACGGGUCGUUUUUGAAAUAG